UAAUAUAAAUGGUGCUUAAGCCACACUGCUUUUAGACAGAUUUAACCAGAAAUUCUUGUGCAGUGUGAACUUCACCAAACAAGCAGCCAUGAGCCUGAAAGUGUGUGUCGUGGUGGUCCUGUUGAUCGGGGUCAUGUACAUCAGCCUAUCACAUGAGAAGCCGACUGCAGUUUUGAACCGGUGCAUGUGCAGAGGGGGAGCGGCACAAAUCAACGUGAGAAACAUCAAGGGGCUGCAGCUCAUCCCCAUCCCAAACUGCCCACUUCAGCUUAUAGCCACGCUGAAGAAUGGCCGGAGAAUUUGCCUUCAUUCCAAAUUUUUGUCCCUUUGGAGAAAUAAGGGGAAAGGGCAAAGAAGGAUGUGAAUGAUGCCCAGAACUAAAGCCAGCCGCCAGCGGAUAGUGAGUCAGCUCACAGGGACCGUGCCCCCUGCGCACUUGUUAUGUUACUGUCCCAUCACCAGCCCAACUGCUUUGCAAGGCUCCAGCCCCAACCCUCAGCGUUGUGUCACAAUGCUGAACCUAGCUAGCUGCAAGAUGGUGCAAGCAUGCGUACAUUCGUCAACAAUGCAGUUGAUAGUUUUAAACGGAGCGAACCGCAACUAUAUUACUGCUGCCCAACUCCAAGGCAAGCUCCCGGGGUUAGUUGACAUAGUUAAAGAAAAUGAUGUGGUGGGACUCAGGCAGCUAAUGCAGAAUGUACAGAGAGGAACUGCAGAUGCUGGUUUAAACUGAAGAUAGACCCAAAAAUCUGGAGUAACUCAGCGGGACAGGCAGCAUCUCUGGAUAAAAGGAAUAGUGAAGGAGGGGUCGACCUGAAAUACCAUCUAUUCCUUUUCUCCAGAGAUACUGUCUGUUCCGCUGAGCUAAUGCCGCUGAGGCCAGGUCUGUGGCACUACACGCACUGCAUUGUGGUGUCCAGUAUCACAAGCCUGGCAUACACAGCUGUACACGCGUGCUGCUACCUGUAUGUUUGACACCACGUUUCAUUCCUGUGUGAAUCACUCCAUCAAAGAACAAUCCAGCCCAGCUCCUGGACAAUGAACAAAAUCACGCAGCUGCAGAUUUGGUGAUUUCUGAGGCUGAAUCCCUCUGGCAGGUCUACAGCUGGGAAGGUAAAUGGAAAUUCUUCCUUGCUUUUGUGAGGAGCCCAGUCACACCUGCAGCUCAGGUAACCACUGCCAGGGGACGGCAGCAUCUUAACAACACCAAACUCAGUCAUAUCACCAGACCUUGGGUCAGCCUGGCUGGAAUUUUCUUUCCUCCAGACUCCAGUUGUCCACAUGGAUGGUCAGAGCCUUAUCUUGGACUCUGCCCAGAGUCACCUUACAGCAGGUUCAGGAGGACCUAUCCAUGCUCGGUGACCUCCAUGGAUCUCCCCUCUGUGGGAACAUUCAUGGUCACUACAUGGUGUCUCCCAAUUACAGCUGGGCUUGGAUAAGGAGCUCACCAUCGUUGGUCAGCAUGGACUUCUGAGCUUCCACUCUAGUAGCAUGGAUUGGAUCUAGAGGUCCAAGCAACCCCAUGGUCGAGGGCCCCAGAUUAACAGCACUGUCCAGCCAGCAUUGUCCAGCUGGGUCCAGAUGUACUAACGGAAGGAUUGGAUCUUCUGUCCCUCCCACAAUGGGAGUGACCACAUUGACCACUAGACUGUAAAACAGACCCACAACUGAUUAGCUACCUUUGUAAAGUAGAAAGGAUGGAUGGAAACUAUUGUUUGAUUUGUUAAAUCUUUAAAACUGCCAUCGGAGUAUAUUAUGUCAUUAAUAGCUUGUUUUGUACAUAUUGGAAUUUACUAACCUUGUCUUGUCAUGCAGCGUUUAUAAAAUCACAGCCUAUCGAAUGAAAAUCUGUCAUAAAGCUUGUGUUGACCACUGUCCAGAUGCCUGAAGAUGCUUCAAUGUCCUUCUCCCUUGCUCUGCCUGUCCUCAUAUUCCCAA